GGGAUUGCGUGUCGGGAUUUCCCCAUUCUUCCUGUCUGCACUUAGUGGGCGGGGUCGAUCAACCACGCCCACUCUUGACGUUGUUGCCGGAAAAGUCGUCGAUUACAUUGUCUCGACCGCUUGCCGUCGGGCCAGUGUGUGCCUGCCGAGCGGACUUAAAACAUGCUGCAGAGAAAUCGAUUUCGACUCGCUCGUGAGCGUCCACCACCAGCCAGACAAGUUGUCGACAUCCUGAAAUUCAACGCCCACAUCGAGCAGAGACCGAUACACAUAACGGAGGGUCGCGAAACGGCGCAGGUCCUUCAUCCUCCCUUCAACGCCUCCUGUUGUUUGCAGUUGAGAGCGUGCAGCCAUCAGAGCCUCAACUACAGUGUGGGAUUCGUGCAGUUGGUCUCAUCCCGGAAGUGCCAGCUAGAUUACGACAUCGGUCGCGGUUUCUGGGAGUUUGGCGGCUUAGGCAAUGGUGAGAUGAUUGUAGACUCGGAUGGACGACAGAUGCCGUUUUAUGGAGCGACAAAGGAGGUGGUGAACGUGAGAGGAAGAGUCGAUAGUGACCAACAGAUAUGCAUCAGGAUGGUCGAUCAGCCUUCCAUUAAAUUCUCUUGGUCACUUGACUUGUGGGCUUGCUCGACGUCGGACAACGCUCAGGUGGAGAAGAUAAAGCCGGUACUUGAGGGGAUCACUCGACAUCAGACGUUCUUGACUUGUGUGCUUCUGUUGGAUCACAACACGAAUGAGAUGCAUAUUCUUAAGGCUGUCGAGUGGAAGCUAAACUUUUCAGCAGUGGUCGACCUGCAGCAGGCAGUUGGGAGAAGACUGACGGUUUUUGGGAGGACAGAUAUGCUCUGCAUGCAACCGAAAAUGAUUCGUUCGGCCGACAGGAAAAAACAGAUGAUACGAACACUGGGAGAAGACAAAUGUGCAACAAUGACAGCAAACGAUUCCGAUACUCUCGUAUGGAAACAUGAAAUGUGUAUCAAUGCUGUCACUAUUGUAAAGAGCAGGGUGAGCUAUGAUGACCUCAAGUCGAAUAACAACAAGAGCUAUACUCGGGCGGCGAACGAUGCGAAGCAGCAAAUGCACUUGAAGUUAUUAAAGAAGUUCAUCAACAAUCAGACACAAUCAAAGUUAUAAGUAUCUUUUUUAUGCAUUGGGAUUGUGUUAAUUAACUUGCCUUUUUAUUAUUUAAUUAACGUGACUGUAAAAUUCUUUAAAAAUAUUUUGAUUGUAUGACGUCGUUUGCAGUAUAGAUUUGGAAUAAACUGUAGCAGUUAAUGUGUAA